AUGCGGAUGUCUCCAGUCUUCGCCUGCCUAGCCCUGGGCCUGGCCCUCGUCUUUGGUGAAGGGUUGGCCUCCUACCACCGCCAGACUCAGGCGGCCCGACUGACCACAGACUUUGGAGUGAAGGUGUUUCAGCAGGUGGCAUGGGCCUCCAAGGACCGCAACAUGGUUUUCUCACCUUACGGGGUGGCCUCGGUCCUGGCCAUGUUGCAGCUGACAACAGGAGGAGAGACUCGGCAGCAGAUCCAAGCAGCCAUGCAGUUCCAGAUUGAUGAGAAGGGCAUGGCCCCUGCCCUCCGCCAGCUGUACAAGGAGCUCAUGGGGCCGUGGAACAAGGAUGAGAUCAGCACGGCCGAUGCCAUCUUCGUCCAGCGGGAUCUGAAGCUGGUCAAGGGCUUCAUGCCUCACUUCUUCAGGCUCUUCCGGACCACGGUCAAGCAAGUGGACUUCUCAGAGGUGGAUAGAGCCAGGUUCAUCGUCAACGACUGGGUGAAGACACACACGAAAGGCAUGAUUGGCGACUUACUGGGCGAAGGGGCCGUGAACCAGCUGACGCGCCUGAUGCUGGUGAAUGCCCUCUACUUCAAUGGCCAGUGGAAGACGCCCUUCCCAGAGUCAGGCACCCACCACCGCCUCUUCCACAAAUCUGAUGGCAGCACUGUUUCUGUGCCCAUGAUGGCUCAGACCAAUAAGUUCAACUACACUGAGUUUUCCACCCCCGACGGCCAUUACUAUGACAUCCUGGAAUUGCCCUACCACGGGGACACUCUCAGCAUGUUCAUUGCUGCUCCCUAUGAAAAAGAGGUGCCUCUCUCUGCCCUCACCAACAUCCUGGAUGCCCAGCUCAUCAGCCAGUGGAAAGGGAAUAUGACCAGACAGCUCCGCCUCCUGGUUCUGCCCAAGUUCUCCCUGGAAAGUGAAGUCAACCUCCGGAGACCCCUGGAGAACUUGGGGAUGACUGACAUGUUUAAGCCAAACCAGGCGGACUUCUCGAGUCUCUCAGAUGAAGAGGCACUGUACGUGUCACAGGCGCUGCAAAAAGUCAAGAUCGAGGUGAAUGAGAGCGGCACGGUGGCGUCCUCCUCCACAGCCAUUAUUGUAUCAGCCCGAAUGGCCCCCGAGGAGAUCAUCAUGGACAGACCCUUCCUCUUCGUGGUUCGGCACAACCCCACAGGAACAGUCCUCUUCAUGGGCCAAGUGAUGGAACCCUGACCACGAGGGUGAAGCAGUCCUCAUC